GCCAGCUCCCUUCAGACGCAUCUGGAGCAGAGUGGCACCGGGUCACGGAGACGUGUACUUGAACGUCACCAGCCCAUGUAGGCGAAGGUGUCACCGGCUCUUUUUCUGGUGGAGAGCACCCGCCCGCUCGCGUGGACCGUGAGAGCGCACCCCUCCAAAAAUGAACAUCCAAGUCGUGCCCGAGCACAAGCUCUCGUCGGUUGCCCCGCUCAAACAAUGCAACGUGGAGAAAAAGGAGGUCGAGCUCUUGUUGGUUAAGGACCAGAACGGGGUGCAGUACACCAGCUCGUCCAUCGCCCCCACGCCCAGCCGAUACGCGGGGCCGCACGGGUCCAACUCCGAGGAGGAGCGGGAGUUGUGGGGCAAGAAAAUUGACUUUCUGCUCUCGGUCAUCGGCUUCGCGGUUGACUUAGCCAAUGUUUGGAGAUUCCCUUACCUGUGCUACAAAAAUGGAGGGGGAGCCUUUUUGAUUCCCUACAUUCUUUUCUUGGUCAUCGCGGGGAUGCCAUUGUUCUACAUGGAACUGGCCCUGGGCCAGUACACCAGGGAGGGGGCAGCCACUGUGUGGAAGAUCUGCCCCAUCUUUAAAGGCGUGGGCUACACAGUGAUCGUCAUCGCCCUUUACGUGGGAUUCUACUACAACGUCAUCAUUGCUUGGUCACUCUACUACCUGUUCUCCUCAAUGACCCGCAAGCUGCCAUGGCUCGAAUGUGACAACCCCUGGAACAGCCCCAACUGCACUGACCCCAAGGCAAUCAAUGGCUCCGUCCUGGGAAAUGGUACCUCUUACGCCAAGUACAAGAUCACCCCAGCGGCAGAGUACUACGAACGCGGUGUGCUCCACCUCCACAAGAGCAGAGGCAUUGAGGACCUGGGCCUCCCCCGCUGGGAGCUGUCAUUGUGCCUUGUUGUGGUGGUCUUCAUCCUCUACUUCAGCCUGUGGAAGGGUGUCAAAUCCUCAGGGAAGGUGGUGUACAUCACAGCCACCAUGCCCUACGUGGUCCUGUUUGUGCUGCUCAUUCGAGGAAUCACCCUGCCAGGGUCCAUGGAUGGCAUCCGGGCCUACCUGCACAUCGACUUUAAGAGGCUCAACAAUCUGGAGGUGUGGAUCGAUGCAGCCACCCAGAUAUUUUACUCCCUUGGAGCAGGAUUUGGGGUGCUCAUUGCCUUUGCUAGCUAUAACAAAUUUGACAACAACUGCUACAGGGAUGCUCUGUUGACCAGCACUGUGAACUGCGUCACUAGUUUCUUCUCAGGGUUUGCCAUCUUCUCUGUGCUGGGCUACAUGGCGUACAAACAUGGGGUGAAAAUCGAAGACGUCGCGACGGAGGGGGCAGGAUUGGUGUUCAUCAUCUACCCAGAGGCCAUUUCUACCCUUCCGGGCUCAACGUUUUGGGCUAUUGUGUUCUUCAUCAUGCUGCUGACUCUCGGCAUCGACAGUUCGAUGGGCGGCAUGGAGGCUGUCCUCACAGGCCUGACGGAUGACUUCAAGAUCCUCAAGAGAAACAGGAAGCUGUUCACCUUCGCCACAGCCUUUGGCACCUUCCUGUUUGCACUGCUCUGUGUUACUAAUGGCGGAAUCUACGUGCUGACUCUGUUGGACAAGUACGCUGCCGGGACAUCCAUUCUCUUUGCAGUGCUGAUCGAGGCCAUCGGCGUGUCGUGGUUUUACGGCGUGGAUCGCUUCAGCGAAGAUAUUGAGCGGAUGAUGGGCUUCAAGCCAGGACUUUACUGGAGGCUGUGCUGGAAAUUUGUCAGCCCUGCUUUUCUUUUGUUUGUGGUCAUCGCCAGCACCGUGACCUCGUCCGGCCUCAAGUAUGAUGAAUAUGUCUUUCCACAUUGGUCCAACGUGUUGGGAUGGGGCGUGGCCAUGUCCUCCAUGCUGUUUGUGCCCGUCUACGCUGUGUACAAGUUCUGCAGUGUGCCAGGAACUUUCAGAGAGAAAAUAGCCUAUUGCAUCACUCCCGAACAUGAACAUCACUUGGUGGCGGAGGGAAACAUACGGCAGUUUAAACUCAGGCACUGGUUGGCCAUUUGAUGAAUACCCCAAGAAUCCUGUCAUCCAUCCUUGCCAUCCCAAGACAAGAGGGGCCUUUUUUAAAGCAGCUGCAUCACUCUUGUUACUUAGCAAGGCUUUUUUUUAUUGUCAAGCACUUGAUAUCAAAAUAGUCUACAAGUAGUUUCACGUCAUUAGAUACAUGUACUUGUCAAUGAAAAUGUGUAGUAUUGCAUUCAUUCGACUCAACUUCAACAAUGUUGACUGUUAUCUGCUGCAAGGCACUGUAUCAAAACCAAAAGUUGACACACAUGACACACUUUUUAUUUUUUGUAGGUCUUAUGAAUGUUAUUGUUGCUCUUAUUUAAGUGACCAUAUUUCCUGUUUUGUUGGCUUAUCGGUGCCUUAAUCAAGUGAGACACUCUUUAUUUUUUACAGCGCGUUUCAGAAGAGGUAAAAAAAAAAAAAAAGUAGUUAAAAUGAACCGUAUUGACUCAGGAAGCCGCGGCAUAUACAGUAUAAAUAUAUAUAAAACCACAGUUUGUGGAUAGCAAUCUCUCUCUGUCAUCGUUAAUGAUCCUAUAGGGCCAAACAGGUCGCCUUUUUUUGUGUCAUACUGAAUUACAAACACAAGGGAAAACAAAAUACUCAUGCAGAACUCCAAAGAGACAAGAAAAAAAUGCUUGAACGUGUGGUGAAAUUUCAGCAGCAGUGGUGGUAACUGUUUCAUGCUCUUUUGAACAAAGUGUUAGGGCCACAAUGAAACUAAAAGACUAUCUAUUCUUCGGGAUUAAGGUUGGUGUUUAUGAGAAAAUAGUUGUAAGGUUGCAAAAUACAGUAGAAAUGUUAUGAGGAAAAAGGUCAUAGUUUGUGAAUUCUUACAUCAAAUAUGACUUCUUUCCUUUGUGAAUAUUACUAUUCUUGUAAUAUUAUCAGUUGACUUCCUCAGGUUUUUUUCUUUUUCUCAUAUUGAAAAUAUUAUAUUAAAAAUACAAUUUUAUUCCCCAGAAAUAUGACUUUAUUCUCAUAUUCUUGUAAAAUAAACACUUUCCUCCAAGAAAAUAUGACUUCAUACAGGAAAAAAUAUGAAUUUAUUCUAAAAGAAAUCUUGAAAAAUACAACUAUUCUCAUAAAUUUAAUAUUACAGCUAUUUUUAUCUAGAAGAAUAUGACUUUAUUAUCAUAUUACUAAUUGCCUCGAACAAACAUAUUUUUAUCAACAAAAACAUUUGACUUUAUUCUCAAAACACUAAUUUUGUCAAGAAAAAUCUGCCAUUUUUCUCACAAUUUCUGAAAAAAAAAAUUAUCCAUGUAAAAGUAAUUGGUUUUUUUCUUGAAAGAGUCCAAUUUUAUUCUCAUAAUAUUGAGAUUUUUUUUUAUGUCGAAAAAAAAAUCUAUGUACGGUUUCUUUCCCCAAAAACCUUAUUCCAAUAAGAUUACCACUUUCAGUCUUGCAAAAAUACCACCUUUUUUUCUUAAUAUUAAAUUCACUAUUUUCUCAAAACAUACAAUUUAAUUCUCAUAAAAUCUAAACCUUUUACCUCGAAAAAAUAGGACUUUAUUUUCAGGUGAUUAGUUAAAACAAAAAUGCAUUUUUGCAAUAUUGUAACUUUAUUCUUGUAGCAUAAUUGUUGUUUUUUUAGUGCAGCCCUUACCCUCCUUUGUACUUUUAGUAAUGUUGCUGUGUGUGUUGUCCAAUGCCUAUGGGGCUUCAACAAGAGAGAGGCGAUUGUGUGUUUGGCUUUUUUUCCGUCAAGCAGGGUUUUUCCCAAACUGACCCAAUCUUACUUAAAUGCAUCAUGUAUUGCCCUAAUAUAAACAUCCUGUAUAGUGUACACAAAGUAAGGAUGACAAACAUUGCAUUAUUGUGACAAGAUGAGUCAUGAAUCAAAAUGAAACAAAAAAUGUGUGAUGAUUAAUUUAUAUGUAUCUUUUUUUAAAUUGUCGAACCCCCCACAAAAAAUGCCCAUUUUGGGCACCUGGUCCGCAGUCUGGAAACCCUCCUAUAAAGUAUGAUGGCCAUAUAAGUGCCACGAUGAAAAUUAAUCUGCCUUUUUUUUAAUUUUAAUUUAUUUUUUUACAUUGACUUGUAAACUUGACAGAAAGAAGUCACAGAGUUAAAAAAAAAUCCAAUUAUAUGUGGAAUAUAUAAGAUAUAAAAGUAUAUAUUCUUUUGUUAUAUCUAAUCUUGUAUUUAUCAAAUUGUUUAUAACAAAAUGUGAAUGUAAAGUAUUUCAAAUGUCCUUAACGUCAUAUGUGUGUUUGAUGUGUAGCUAUGAUUAUAAAGCCAAACUAUUUUUUAGCAUAAUCACGGGCGAAUUUGUCAUAAUGCAACAUGAAAAACUACACCCUGGCUUUCCUGGACUAACCAACCAACCAUUUUCUGAGCCGCUUAUCCUCACAAUGCUCACAGGAGUGCUGGAGCCUAUCCCAGCUAUCGUCGGGCAGGAGGCGGGGUACACCCUGAACUGGGUGCCAGCCAAUCGCAGGGCACAUAUAAACAAACAACCAUUCGCACUCACAUUCACACCUACGGGCAAUUUAGAGUCUUCAAUUAACCUGCCAUGCAUUUUUUGGGAUGUGGGAGGAAACCGGAGUGCCUGGAGAAAACCCACGCAGGCACGGGGAGAACAUGCAAACUCCACACAGGCGGGGCCAGGGAUUGAACCCCGGUCCUUAGAACUGUGAGGCAGAUGCUCUAACCAGUCGUCCACCGUGCCGCCGCUUUCCUGGACUAUGUUUACAAAAAUACUGUGUAUUAUAAUAAUAAUAAUAUCCUAUAAUGUCCUGUUGAACGUGAGUGGAAAAUAUCUAUGAAGAUGUAAUAAAGGUAUA